GGAGGCUUUGUUAGUAAUAACUCAUAAAGCCGGAAAACCUUGACGAGCUCUCAUUUCUCCUAAUCAUUCGCAGUUUUUUCUUCUCUGAAAAAAAACCACUCAUUGUUAGCUGUCUUUUCUUCAAAUAUAGCCUCUCUCUCUUAAAAAAAAUAAUAAUUCAAAAACAACAAAAAAAGGAAAAGACUCCUCUUUUCUUCCUUCUUGUUCCUAGAAGGAAGGCCAGAAUCCUGUUGUUGAUGUCUGACUUCUGAAACGUCAUUCAUAACCAUCCUCUUGAAUCUAGAUAGCUUCAAGCAUAACAAAGAAACAAAACCCAAGUUACUCUUUUUUUCUUUUUUUUUUGCCUGCUUCAUUUUUGUUUUACGUUUUGGGGUAGAAGAAUGUACCAUAGUCUUUUAGGGUUCUUGAUUGUCUCUCUUGUAAUCCUCACCACCUUGGUCCAUUCGAAGACUGAUUCUGAAGAUGUUUCGGCUUUGAAUGUGAUGUUUACGAGCUUAAACUCUCCUUCAAAACUGAGUGGAUGGCAAUCAAGUGGUGGGGACCCUUGUGGAGACUCAUGGGAAGGAAUCCAGUGCUCAGGCUCAUCUGUGACUCAAAUAAAGUUAUCUGGAUUUGGACUUACUGGAUCACUGGGUUAUCAGCUAUCAAACUUGAAAUCUGUCACCUACUUUGAUGUGAGCAAAAACAACCUCAAGAAUGAUAUGCCAUACCAGCUUCCUCCUAAUGCAGCUACGCUAGAUCUUUCUAAUAAUGGCUUCACUGGCAGUGUGCCCUACUCAAUUUCACAAAUGACUAAACUUCAAAACCUAAAUCUUAAUCAAAAUAAAUUAAAUGGACAGUUGAGUGAUAUGUUUCAGAAACUCUCAAAACUUAAAACACUGGAUCUAUCCCACAACUCGAUCUCAGGGAAUUUGCCUCAGAGUUUUUCUGCACUUUCAAGCCUCAGCACAUUGCAUUUGCAAGACAAUGAAUUCACCGGUACCAUAGAUGUCCUUGCCAGACUUCCCCUUAAAGAUUUGAAUAUUAAAGACAAUGAGUUCACUGGUUGGGUCCCUGAUUCGCUGAAUGGCAUUGAUAAUCUGGAAACGGGCGGGAAUGCGUGGUCAUCUGGUCCGGCUCCUCGUGGUAAAUCUAGUUCAGCACAUGGCAAGGGAAGUGGGAAAGGUGGCAUGAAUGGACUUGCUAUAGCGUUAAUAGUUUUGGCUUCACUGGUUGUAGUUGGACUUCUCAUUAUACUACUUUCAAAAAGAAGGUCCUCUCCAUCUUCAAAUUUUCUUGAGGAAGAUAAUGGCAGCUGGCAUAGAGCAUUUACUCCCCUUUCAUCACAUGAACUAUCCAAUGACACCCGUGCUGCCAUAAAGAAAGAGUUUAAAGAAAUUGAACCAAUGAAUUUGUCUGGUUCGAUUGAUAUAAAGAAUCUUCAAAAAGCUCCUUCCGUGGGUUACAAGCCUCCACCUUCUGAUUUUUCCGAGUCUAUAAGUGAUAACGAGUUUGCCAUCCGUCUAAAUGCUGGAAGAAGCACCUCUGUUCGUUCCAUAGCUUUUUCCUUGACAGAUUUGCAGACUGCUACUGGCAAUUUUGCAUCUGGCCGACUUAUUGGUGAGGGAUCCCUUGGUCCUGUUUACAGGGCCAAAUAUCCUGACGGGAAGGUUUUAGCUGUCAAAAUGAUUGAUUCAUCACUUUUUCAAGGCGCAAAACAAGAGUUUUCAGAAAUUGCUUCAAGCAUCUCAAAAGUUCACCAUCAGAACAUUGCUGAGCUUGUUGGUUAUUGUUCAGAACAAGGGCACAGCAUGUUGAUAUACGAGUAUUUCAGGAAUGGCUCACUUCAUGAAUUCCUGCAUGUGUCAGAUGAUUAUAGUAAACCACUAACCUGGAAUACCAGAGUUAGAAUAGCUUUGGGCACGGCACGUGCUGUCGAGUACCUCCAUGAAGUUUGUUCUCCAUCCUUCAUCCACAAGAACAUCAAGUCAUCUAACAUUUUGCUUGACCUUGAGCUCAAUCCAUGUCUUUGCGACUACGGGCUGGCAAACUUCCAUCAUCGGACAAGCCAAAACCUUGGUGCAGGCUACAAUGCUCCAGAGUGCACUAAGCCUUCAGCUUAUACAAUGAAGAGUGAUGUUUACAGUUUUGGAGUGGUGAUGCUGGAGUUAUUGACUGGCAGGCAGCCUUUUGACAGUUCAAAACCGAAAUCAGAACAAUGUCUGGUUCGAUGGGCCACCCCUCAACUACAUGACAUUGAUGCGUUGGACAAAAUGGUAGACCCUGCAUUGCGCGGGCUAUACCCUCCAAAGUCUGUUUCUCGAUUUGCUGAUAUCAUUUCCCUCUGUGCACAGGUGGAGCCUGAAUUCCGGCCGCCUAUGUCAGAGAUAGUGCAAGCAUUGGUGCGAUUAUUUCAGUGAUCGAGUAUGAACAUAAGAGACGAUAUUGCAGUUUCUAAUCAGAUGGAGGAUUCUGACUACUAGUGCUAGCUGUAUUCUUUCAAGUUUGAUACAGAACAAAGUCAUUUCUUUUUGUUUGGUUCUCCCUCUUGUACAUGUCUGCUAGUAGCCUUGGUUACAUAGGACUCUUGGAGAUUUUCUUUGCUUUUUUAACAACUUCAAAGGGUUUACUUUC